ACGGCCAAAUCGAGAAUAAACCGGGAUCGAGAGGCGGCGACGGGAUCGGGCGCGAGCGUCCCGACGCCAGAAAUAAACGACGCCGCGCCGCGACGCCAAUUCUACGGCCUUCUACGGGCCAGUACGAUUUUACGUUUAUCCGCCCGGUAUCCACAAAAAAAAUUAAAUAAACGGCCAAUUUUUUUUUUUAAUUAUCCUAAGAAUCAAUUUUUUUUGAGUUUUCUAGUUUAAACAAAAAAAAAUAAUAUUGUCAUGUCACUUUGGUGACGCCACUGCUGUCUGUGAUAUUAGUACUUUAAGGAAAUGAUUGAGAAAACGUCUAUGAUGCAAUCGGAAGUAGCUGAGGACACGCCCACUUGCCUAAAAACGCCGCCCAUUGAUAAAAUGACUUUUUCCACUGCCAAUGUUUUAUCCGCCGAAAAUUUAGUGAAAACGGAACCAUUAAAGUCACAAAGGUUAAGGAACAUAAACCUAGAAGACGACAUCGAAAAGGUGGAGGUGGACUCGCAACAAUCCUCAUCCACCCCCAGCGAAAGUGACAAACCGGAGUUUAUCCCGAUCCCGGACUUCUCCUCGAUCCCGGAAGAAAACCCCAACGAGUCAGUGAAAAACUGGCUGAACAAAAUAAACGAGAUCCAAAACAAUGCCGCCCAAAAAAAGUCGAAGGUCGCUCAGAGCGUUUCUGCGCCUGCGCGUGUGGUCAAGUAUCAAGACCUACCGUACAUGGGGGAGAUCACUUUGGAUAACUCCAAACCGAGACGGGGCAGGAAGCCUAAGAAAGCCGACAUUUGUCAUCUGAUUUACAAGAACUACGGCACGAUAUUCCCGGGCACGCCGAACCCUAACAGUUACCUGGAAAAACAGAGUCCGAGUCUGAAAAAAAACCUGGAAAAGGAAACGGAAGUCGUCAAUAACAAAAGCGAUGUCCAGAGCAAGAUCAUAAGCAGUCUGCUAGAGAAACGCUUGACCCAAGAAACAAGGAAGUCUGUUAUGUCUCGUGCCUCAACGAACCAACACGAGCCCCUGAACUUAUGCAUAAGGGACCUAAACCACUUAAAAAUCGACCUUCUAAACAAAUCCCCCACCCCAGAAGUGAAGUCUGAGCCCCACUCUGAUGAUGAGGUGGAACUGGUGACUGAAACGUCGUCCCCUUCACUGACCGUCAAGGGAGAACUGAGGUUUCCGUCCGUCACCCCCGACAGCAUGUCCACCAGCAGCCCCUCGGACACACCUAACACCCCCGAAGGACAACCCCCCGGAGGAUACGUUUAUUGGCCCAAUAACAACCUGUUCAUCCAUCCGAUGGCCCUUCAGCAGCAACUAAUGAUGUACCAACGUCUGGCAGGCAAUAUGAACUAUACGCUGCCAAGUCACAGCCCCAGACCUCCGCCUCCUGCUUCCACCAAUCAACCCAAGUCAGAAGCCACCGAAAACUUACGGAAAAUCGUACCGAAGUCUUCGAGACACCACCACUACCAUCACCAACAUGCCGACGUCAAGUCGAAAAGGAGCGCAAGUCUGAGCGAAAAGAAUCCCGCAAAAAGGAAAAGAUCCGCCAUUUUUAUACCCCCGAUACCGACGGAGAAUACCACGAAUCCGGCCACCGAGGUGAGCAUUUGCAAGUUCAAGUUCACCGGCGGUGCGAAGCCCAGUUUGCAGGAGAAGAAGAUGCUCUCGGUGGAUUCUGGUGGGAAUUUCAGGUACUACAGCGGCACAGGCGACAAAAGCAUGCGCGGCUACGAGUUCUUCCCCAGGGAAACCUUACAGCAGCAAGUGACCAACACUCAAGGCUCCAGCACCGGGGCUUUUUUGCAAGCCAGCGGGGAGAAAAUCUACCCCGCACCGCCCCUGGAAAUCACCGGCGGUACCUCGACCUCCGAUUUCCUCCUCACCCCCGAUUUGCCGGGAUCGAGUCUCGCCUCACCCCAAUCGGACUGCGGCAGUACCGGCAGUCAACAGCAACCACUUCUACGUAGCAACAAGAAGCGAAAAUCGAGAAAGUCGAUGCAAAGGGAGAAGCUGGAGCAGACGUUUAAGGAAAAGGGUUUUCUGAUCCAGACGCAGCAGCUGGAAUCGGCCGAGGGGGCGACUUAUUGUAAGUUCAGGCAGCUGAGGAAGUUCACCAGGUACCUGUUCCGUUCCUGGAAGGAUUAUUUGCCGGGAAACGUGCGGGAGUUGAGCGAGAACGAGCAGAGGGAGCUGCAAGGGGGUGACGGGGGGCCAGUGGAGUUACCCACGGACGUUCUGGAUAUUUCCAUGAAAACUGAAGAUGUACCGAGUUAGGGCAUGAGCAGGCAACAUGACGUGUAAAUGUUGAUUUUUUUUUAACAAUUUUUAACCAAAGAUGGCUAUUGUGACGUUUUUUUUUUAAGUGUGAUUGUAGGAUAAAGACAAUUUUGUACAGGGUCAACUGGUGCUAAUAAUAUUUCUUUAGCCCUAUGGGCUUAUGGUAAUUGUUUUUUCUUUUAUUUUUUUUUUGUAAAUAUUUGUUAUGUGUAUUUUAAUUUGGUCUAAUCUAGUCGGUAGUAUAGGAACUUAUUUAUGCCACUUAAGCGGUAUAAAGUGCAGACUUUUCUUAUUAAUUGUUAAUAUUUAAUAAACUUUUUUGUUCAUA